GAUGGGAGAAGUGGAGGUGGUGGGCAAGCGCCGGCGGGUAGGUUCCACCCUUCGAGAACGGAUGCAGUGGAUGCGGCGGGCCUUACCGACGCGGUUCUCGGCGGUGGUGGAGGAAGUGUGGGAUGCGAUGGACGAGAUUGAGCGACGUCUGCCGUGGGUGCUGACGCAUGGGGAUCUGGGCGCGGGGAAUGUGCUUGUGGAUCUUGUUGAUGACGAUGCUGGCAACAACAAUAAUAAAAGGCUAGUGAGGUUGAAGGGUCUUGUGGAUUGGGCUGAAGGGGAGUGGUUGCCUUUUGGGGUCGGGCUGUACGGGUUGGAGGAGAUAUUGGGGCGGAGGGUGGAUAAUGGCAAUGGUAGGGCGAGGUUCGAGUACUACCCCUGUGCGGAGCGGUUGAGGGAGGUGUUCUGGCAGGAGCUGGUGGCGGAGGUGCCGGAACUUGGUGUCGACCGGGAGCUGCGGGCGAGAGUUGAGAAGGCGAGGUUACUAGGCUUGCUGCUGUGGCACGGCAUAGCUUUCGACGACGGCGCGUUGAACCGUGUCGUCGAGCCGGGCGUAGACGAUGAGGAGCUACACAAGCUGGACUUGUUCCUCCUCGGAACAGAUCACCAUAGCGACACCGUCCCCGUCCCCGAUGAAGCGGGCAUUUUCAACAACUGGCCAUAUCCGGUCCCACCUGUCACUCCACGAGUCCAACUUCAGAAAUACCCGACCCACACAUUCUUUUAA